UCCAGGUGUUUGUAACUCGCCGGAGGCGGAAAGGGAGUGAGAAAUGCGGGCGUACAGUGUAAAGGCGCCAAGCUGCUGUGUUUGUCUUCACUGUCAAAAACAUCAAAAACAAGAGUCCUGCUGCUGCUCCGCUCACGGCUGGUGUCGGUUCAUUUAACGGCGCUGCACCGAGGAAAUCACUGGGACUAUGUGAGCAUCAUGCUCGCGGUGAGAUGCCUGCUGUUCGCUGCAGUGUAUGCACGGUACGCGGAGACAGCUCUGAGGGAAUGGGUGAGUCCGGAGGGGCUGCCGCCCGCAGAGGAGGUCGUUCAGCCCAAACGACUCCUGCAUCAGAUCCACACUGAAGAAGAGCUGCUGCACAGCCGCCUGGACACCCGGGUCAAAAACCACCCAGCCGGCACAAAGCCCAUCCAUUUGGCCCAGACCAGCUUCUUGGUGGAGGCCUUUGGCGCAUCCUUCAUACUUGACCUGGAACUCAACCACAAUCUCCUGUCUACGGACUAUGUGGAGCGUCACUUUGAGGAAGAUGGCCAGCUGUCACAGAAUAUGGGAGGGGAGCACUGCUACUACCACGGGCGAGUGCGAGGGAUGCUGGGCUCCUGGGCUGCUUUGUCGACCUGCCACGGCCUGCAGGGGAUGUUUUGUGAUGGGAACUUCUCUUACGGGAUUGAACCUCUUGGCAGCGGAGAGGAACACAAUGACCACGUUGUGUUUAGAAUGCCCAACACUGACCUCGUUCCACCUCUCUGCCCAGGAUGCUCCAUGAACAGCACAGAGGCUGAGGGGCAGACACGCAGCCAAAACGAGGGAGAUGGUGAGCUACAGGAUGGAGACAACUGGUCUACAGAAGAGAAGCCCAUAUUCACAGAAGGUCUUAGACGCUCAAGAAGACAAGUGAGGGGAGGCCAACGCACCACCCAGACUGAGACCAAGUACAUCGAGCUGAUGGUCGUCAACGAUUAUGAACUGUUUGUGCAGCUACGUCGGUCAACCACUCAGACGAAGAUUUUUUCCAAAUCGGUGGUGAACAUGGCAGAUUUGAUCUACAAGGAGCAACUCAACACUCGCAUUGUCCUGGUGGCCAUGGAAACCUGGUCAUCGGAAAACAGGGUCGCUGUCGGCGAUGACCCCUUGCUAACCCUGCGUGACUUCAUGAAGUACAGGAAAGAGAGCAUCAAGGAGCGCGUUGAUGCUGUGCAUCUCUUCUCCGGGAGGACGUUCAUGAGCAGCCGCAGCGAGGCAGCCUACAUUGGGGGCAUCUGCUCGCUGACUCGGGGCGGAGGCAUCAAUGAGUUUGGCAGUGUGGGUCCCAUGGCCAUCACAUUAUCUCAGAGUCUUGGCCAGAACAUUGGCAUGCUGAGGAAUAAGGAGCGAACAGCUGCUGGUGACUGCAGGUGUCCGGAUCCGUGGCUGGGGUGUAUCAUGGAGGAUACAGGCUACUACCUGCCAAGGAAGUUCUCUCGCUGCAGUAUAGAUGAGUAUCUGCGUUUCCUCCAGCAAGGAGGGGGCAGCUGCCUCUUCAACAAGCCCACAAAGCUCUUAGACCCUUCAGAGUGUGGCAAUGGUUAUGUGGAGCUUGGAGAGGAAUGCGACUGUGGAUCACUGGUGGAGUGUGCUCAGAGUGGGGCCAACUGCUGCAAGAAGUGCACUCUUACCCACAAUGCCAUGUGUAGCAAUGGGCUCUGCUGCAGGGACUGUAAGUAUGAGCUGAGAGGGGUGAUGUGCCGGAAUGCUGUGAAUGACUGUGACAUUCCUGAGACCUGCACAGGAGACUCAAGUCAGUGUCCCCAUAAUGUCCACAAACUGGAUGGCUACACAUGUGAAUAUGGCCAGGGUCGCUGUUAUGGAGGUCGCUGUAAGACCAGAGAUAGCCAGUGCAAGACUCUGUGGGGCUUCAACUCAGCUGACAGAUUUUGCUAUGAAAAGUUGAAUUCUGAGGGCACAGAGAGAGGAAACUGUGGUCCACACACCAGUGGCCAGGGAUGGGUACCGUGCAACAAACAAGACGUUCUGUGUGGUUUGCUGCUUUGCACCAAUCUGACAGACAGACCGAGAUUUGGCGAACUGCAGGGAAAGGUCACCAGCCUGACCAUCCACCAUCAGAACAGAUACAUGGACUGCAGGGGUGGUCACGCAGUGCUGGAUGAUGGUUUGGAUCUGGGCUAUGUGGAAGAUGGGACACCAUGUGGGCCAAACAUGAUGUGUUUGGAGCGUCGCUGCCUCCCUGUCGCCACCUUCAACCUCAGCACCUGCCCAGGAUCUUCGUCCUUGCGUAUCUGCUCCCACCAUGGGAAUUGCAGUAAUGAGGUGAAGUGUAUCUGUGAUCCAGACUAUACCGGUAAGGACUGCAGUGUGUUUGACCCGAUCCCAACCCCCACCCCGCCAGAUGGCCCAGAGAAGUACAGAGGCCCCAGUGGUACCAAUAUCAUAAUCGGUUCGGUUGCUGGAGCUAUUCUGCUGGCAGCGAUAAUCCUGGGUGGAACUGGUUGGGGAUUUAAAAACAUACGGAAAGGAAGAUCUAAGGGAGUUUGAGUCAUAAAUGUCUGCCCUCCUAUGUUCCUUACACUGUGUGCAGCCCACUCUGAGGAGACUAAACAAAGAUGUCUUCCACUUGCAAGCCCUCAGAUUUUUC